AUGUUUUAUUUUAAUCCACUAAAUUUUGUUAAAUAUAAACUCUUUAAACACGGAUUUGAUAUGGAUGAAGAUAUUGCUUUAGAAUUAAUCAAAUCAAUGUCUGACUUAUAUAAUGAAGAGUUGUUUAAGGAAGCAUCAAAAUUAGUAAAGCCAUGGACAUUCAAAGAAAAAAUAACAGAGUUGUUUAUAGAAGAGAUUAUUAAAGAUGAUACAACUUAUCUAUUUAAAAGAUUUGCACUUGAAUAUCUUUUACUUGAUGGUGUCCAAUUACAAAUGUUUGUAAAGUUUUGUUUAUAUAUUGCAAAUGAAGAUGAUCUUACUCUUUUAAAGUUUGGUUUAAAUAUUUUACUAAACUUAAGGUUAAAAAAGAAUUACGCAAGUUAUUUUUAUCUCAUAGAUCAAUGGAAAAUGAAUAAAAACUUGUCUUCUUUAAUAAGAAGAAUUUAUCCAUUAGCAAAUCACAUUCUUGACAACAAGAAAAAAUCUAAAGAAGAAUGGUUUAAAUUACUUGAAGAAGAAAAAGAUCAAGAAGAAAAAACAUGCUUAAUAGAAAUUUAUGCUAAUUUAUUAGAAAUAAAAUAA